AUGACCAUUAACGUCACGUCACACGGCAUUCACACGAGCCACAUCCAACCUAGAGACAGACACACGACUGUACUACUCCAUCCGCAAAACAAUACGUGCCCCCAAAGCAUACAAGCCAUUCAACGAUGUCGGCGCCUGGACCUGUUUUCCGCCGAUGUCGUGUUCCCUCGCUAUCGUACCAUCUCCGUCGAUGGCGGCCGGUUCCCUUCUUUUGGCCAAGCCGUAGAUUAUCGCCACCGGGACCGACGAUAUCUUGUCGAGUCUCGUCGCCGGUUUACGGUAAGCCGUCUUGGGCGGAUACAUUUUGUAGAAGAGCCCUGGGCUCUGAGCGUGACUGGGAGCAGAAUUCGCAGCCGUCACAUUUUACACGCCAUCGAUAAGAGGCAUGGCCACAAAAUUUAA